AUGAAGUCAAUCAUCUUCGCUACCCUGACGAGUCUGGCCCUGGCGGCUAGACCCUUCCUCAACGAAGCUGAUACUGGCAUCGAUGAAGCUUUGGCAGACGUACCUCAGGGUACUCUUCCUCCUCUUGAAGAUAUAGUUGGACUUCCAGACUUUGAAUGGGCUGCUCGUCACUACAUGAACACCAGCGCAUACACAUACUACCGCAAUGGUGCCGCUGGUGAAUGGGCAUACAGGAACAAUCUGGAGGCUUUCCAGCGUUACACCGCCAAACCCCGUGUGCUGAGAGAUAACUCUAAGAUUGAGUCGACAUUCACCACCUCCAUCCUCGGUCACAACUUCUCUGCGCCUUUCUACAUCAGUCCAUGUGCACGUGGCGCCCUCGCCAAUGAAAGAGCGGAGCUCGGACUCGUAGAAGGUGCCUACCAAGGAGACAUCUUGUACAUUCCUUCUGACUUCAGCUCUCUACCUCUGAAGGAGCUUGCCGCUGCAAGACCUUCCAACGGUUCACAAGUCAUGUGGCAGCAGGUUUACCUCGACGCUUCGAACGAUACUGCUACUAAGGCACACUUCAAGGAGAUUGAGCAGUCCGGUGCCCGCGCGAUUGUCUUUACCGUUGAUAGUGCCGGUCCCGGUGUGCGUCACCGUGCUCAGCGCUAUGCUGCUGGCUCAGCCGAUGCAGACUACUCGGCAUUUACAUGGCAGUACUACCAAAAGCUCCAGAACUUCACCACGCUCCCUGUCGUCAUCAAGGGCAUUCAGACUGUCGAGGAUGCCAAGAUGGCAGUCAAGUACAAGGCCCCUGCAAUCGUUCUGUCCAACCACGGUGGUCGCAACUUUGACUCCAGCCCUUCUGGCUUCGAGGUUGCUCUUGAGAUUCACCAAGAGGCACCCGAGAUCUUCAAGCAGAUUGAAGUGUAUGCCGACGGUGGUGUAAGAUAUGGAAGUGAUGUGUUGAAGAUGCUUGCACUGGGUGUCCGUGCUGUUGGACUUGGCAGACCUUUCAUGUACGCCAACGCCUACUCGACCGAGGGUGUUGCUAAAGCAGUUGAGCUGUUGAAGGCCGAGAUUGCCAGCGAUGCUGCGCACUUGGGACUGAGCUCUCUCAAGGACAUUGGACCGCAAUACUUCAAGUGGACGCCGAACAACUGGUACAGCUAG